AUCAAUCGCUUUUGAGUUUUGUAACCCGUGAACAAGCACCGAACUUAGAAACCAAGACCUUCGCCGAGUUUUGUUCUGCUCCGCCACCAUGUGACCUUCUGCAAUCCCACCUCUCUCUCCGUCUGAUUCUCUGUCUCUCUGUUUUUUUGUUUUGGUUUUCUUUCUUUUGUUUAUUCUUGAAAUAACCAGAACUGAACAGAAGAAAGAGAUUCAACAAGAAAGCAACAACAUUAUCCGGUCUUUGUGAUUUUUUUUUUUUUAAUUAGGUGCAAAAACGAAAUACUAACAAACCCACAUCUCCUAUCACUGAUUUCUUCAUCUCCACUUCAUUUCCCAACCAAAAACGAAAGACCCAUUUCAACUGUUAGUAAAAGAAACAAUUUUCUUUUUCAUGUUAAAUUGGAGAAAUGGUGGAGUUUAAGAGACCACUUAUCAAGAACAACAGGGGAUUCUAUGUAAAAAUGAAGCUUGUACACAGACAUGGAAGGCUUCAAGCACAGCAAGAGAAAAGCAGCAAUCUCUUUUUCAAAUACUACAAAUGGCUUCUUUGGGUUUCUUUGUCUCUUUAUUUCUUCAGCUCUUACUUCAUUACCCACAAGCCUAUUCCUAUGUACAAGACUGAAUACUUCUCCAAAUCCACUAUAGUUUCUCGUGUCCUCUUUGAAUCCACCAACUCCACAUUUCUUCAACACCCCAAGAACAAUCAAGGUUUAUUGAAGGAUUUGAAGAUAUAUAUCUACGAAUUGCCCCCGAAAUACAACACGAAGUGGCUAGCCAACGAGAGAUGCAGCAACCAUUUGUUUGCUUCGGAGGUAGCUAUUCACAGAGCACUAUCAAACAGCGAUGAUGUCCGGACAUUUGACCCUUAUGAAGCUGAUUUUUUCUUUGUCCCUGUCUACGUGUCCUGCAAUUUCAGCACCGUUAAUGGCUUCCCUGCAAUUGGUCACGCCAGGUCUCUCCUCUCUUCCGCCAUCAACCUUAUUUCCACCAACUUCCCUUUCUGGAACCGCUCACAGGGAGCUGACCAUGUCUUUGUUGCCUCUCACGAUUUUGGCUCUUGUUUCCACACUCUGGAGGGGAGGGCUAUGGAGGAUGGGAUACCAAAGUUCUUGAAGAAUUCGAUCAUAUUACAGACUUUUGGCGUCAAAUAUGACCACCCUUGUCAAGACGUAGAGAACGUGGUGAUUCCACCUUAUGUCUCUCCGGAAAGUGUACGGUUGACCCUUCAAAAAGCUCCGUUGAACGGCCGGCGAGACAUUUGGGUGUUCUUCAGGGGCAAGAUGGAAGUUCACCCCAAGAACGUUAGUGGACGAUUUUACAGCAAGAAGGUUAGGACGGAGAUAUGGAGGAAAUUCAACGCCGACCGGAGGUUUUACUUGCAGAGACACAGAUUUGCCGGUUACCAGUCAGAGAUAGUACGGUCGGUGUUUUGUUUAUGUCCAUUGGGGUGGGCCCCAUGGAGUCCAAGACUGGUCGAAUCCGUAGCGUUGGGUUGCGUGCCGGUAAUAAUAGCCGAUGGUAUCCAGUUGCCUUUCCCUACCGCUGUUCCUUGGCCGGAGAUAUCCCUCACGGUUGCGGAAAAGGACGUGGCAAAGCUGGGGAGGAUUCUUGAACACGUGGCGGCCUCUAAUUUGUCAAUUAUCCAGAAAAACCUCUGGGACCCAGCAGUGACGCGGGCCCUACUUUUCAACAAUGAGAUAAAAGAAGGAGACGCGACGUGGCAGGUGCUUGACGCCCUGGCACAGAAGCUGGAUAGGUCGCGUAGGACAGUGAGAAUUUUGGAACAAUAAGAAGAGGGUACGUGGAUGGACACGAUUUGUGGAACACGGAGCCAAUUCUGUCAGCUAGUGCAGCUGUUCGUUUCCCACGUGGACGCGCUUGCAUGUAAUCUAACUUUAUGGAGUACAGCUGGAUUUUUCCGCCUGGAGGCAACAGUGGAUGGGAAUUUUAAUGCCCUGUAGUGGGGUCUACUACGGGUAGAGGCUAAGGAUUUUUUGUGGUCACGUGACUAGGUCCCUGAGUUGGUUGAGAAUGAUUGGUCUGAAAAGCUGUAAAAUAUAUAGAAAAAAAAUAUUAAACUGUUAUGUACAUUGGGACAAAAUAAUAGUCUAUAUGCACAAAGAGAGAUAUUUAAUUUA